AUGAUAGACAAAGGGACUGUAAAACUCAAGCUGAUCCUCCUAGUACUUAUCUUCUCUACAUGUCUUCUCAAUGCCCUUCCGACACCCAAUUUGACUUCUGAAACAAAUUCAGAUGACGUUCCAGAAGACGUUCGACGAGCACAGAUGGAUGAUGAAAUUGUUGAGAGAGAUUUUGACGAUUCGCUUGUCACUAGAGCUUUUGUCAAUGAAACAAACGGAACCAUCUACAUUCAGCCUGUCUCGGAGCAGAAAGAAGAGGAAGAUGAAGAGCCAGAGUUGGAAAGAAGGGAUGAUUCAAUCGAAUGUGACCACUACGAUGAAUCCAAGUGCGAGAAACUGGGCGAGUGUUCGAUCACGAAAGAAGUUUGCCACCCGGAGAAACAUUUGAAGAUGGUCGGGUGUCUUGCAGUGUUCGCUUAUCCAGACAAUCUCACUACAAAUUCCACGGACGAAUACUUUCCAGUCAACCGUUCCCUCAUCAAAACCAUGGGAUGCAUGCAGUAUCAACACGAUACUAUGAUGGAUUGUGUUGAUAAAAAGAAGUGUCUCCAGACGAAACUCACACACGCUCAAAUCGGAAUGUGCUGUUGCAAAACACCGAAUUGCAAUGUGCUUGCAAACGUAAUGCUCAUCAAUCCUGAUGUUCAUAAGGAAUCAGAUGCAUCCAAAGGAUUCUGGCAGUCGACUCCUCCGUCUGGUAUGGAUGGUUUAGGUGGUCUUCCCAUUUAUUGGGUUCUCACAACUGUUCUGGGUGGAAUAUUUUUCUUUGCAAUCUUGAUCGCUUUAUAUGUUUUAUGGAGAUGCAGGCAGAGACAAAGAGAAGAAGAUGAGAAGAAAAGGAGAAACUGUGAAUCGGAGAAAACGAAUGUGAUGGAAGCUGGAAAUCUGCCACUUGUAGAUCACGAAGUGAUGAUAGAAAUGGUUGAGACACCGAAGGAAUUGCCCAUUACUGACUUCCAGCUGAUCUGCAAAGGACGUUUCGGAAGAGUAUUCAAAGCAAAGUGGAAGAGUCAAAAUGGAGAAGAGAAGAUGGUUGCAGUCAAAAAAUUGGUUGAUACUCAGAAGUCAAGCUUCGAGGCGGAAAAAAAGAUAUUCGAGGGACUGGUCUCACUUCCAAGGUGGUAUGCAAAUGUGGUUCAGUUCAUUUGUGCAGAAAAGAUGGGAGAAGAGUAUUGGAUCGUGACAGAGUUCCAUGAGAGGCUUAGUCUUUAUGAACUUUUGAAACAUAAUGAAAUCAGUGUGACGUCAUGCAAUCGGAUUAUAAUGUCAAUGGUGGAUGGAUUACAAUUCUUGCAUGAUGAUAGGCCGUUCUUCUUCGGACAUGUCAAGAGACCCAUUAUUCACAGAGAUAUCAAAUCAAAGAACAUUCUGAUCAAGACGGACAUGACAGCGUGUAUUGCGGACUUUGGACUUGCUCGAGAGUAUAAUUCUAAUAUUGAAAAGAGUGAUCUAUUGGGACAAGUUGGAACAAAAAGAUACAUGUCACCUGAAAUGUUGGAAGGAGCUACUGAAUUCACUGCAACUGCCUUCAAAUCAAUGGAUGUGUACUCAAUGGGAUUGGUUAUGUGGGAAACUAUCAAUCGGACGAAAUUGAAGUCGUCUGAUGUCGUCCCAGAGUAUCAGAUGCCAUUCCAAACGAUUGGUUUUGAUCCGUCUAUUGGAAUAAUGAGAAAUCAUGUCGUUAGUAAAAAGGAGAGACCACAGUGGAGACCAGAAGUGUUUGGACAGAUAUCUAUGAGUUUUAUGGCAGGCGUAGCUGAAGAGAUGUGGGAUCCAGAGGCAUCUGCAAGGAUAACAGCUGGAUGUGCAUUCGAAAGAGUAUGGACUCAUGUGUUUAGUUUACAAGAUUGUUCAGAAGGAUAUCACAGUGGAAAUAGUCUUAAAGAUGGAAAAGGUGGCGAAGAUAGAGAGGAAGAGCGUCGCAAGAAUCGUAGGAAUGAUGAGAUGUUCAAGUACCAUUCGAAGCCAAAUAAGCCUCAUCCUAGCCCUGAUCCAUCUCUUGACGAUUGUCCCCAGCUACCUCCAAUUCCAAUUAUUACUGAAAGAGGGAUCAUCCACAAUGAUAGUCCUGACGCGGAGCCAAGUAUCGGAAGAAACGAGGAUCAACAGAAGGAAGAAGAGCCAAUUGUUGAAAAAAUCUUUGAUAUUGCAACGAAUCGAUUGUUGACAAGAGAGGAAUUCGAAGCACAAGAAGUAGAAGAAGUCAAUACGAGAGCAUCUACGCCUACACCUUCUGGAACUUUCUGA